AGUCUGGAGCAGCACUGGCGCAGAGUGGCUCUAUCGGCAGCGCUGGAAUUCUCUGUAUCCCUCCCUCGGAGCAUCCUCGCCCAGAAAAGGGCUUCCCUGCCUGUGUGCCGCCCGGCGGAGCCUCGGGGGAGGGGGGGCGCGGGGAUGCUGGGAUCGGCCGGGACGCUGGGAAGCGCCGCUGGAUGCUGCCGGCCGUGAGCUGCGAGAGCUGUUGGCUGCAAAUCGGGAAUCUCUGGAGCGCGGCAGCAUGGCCCAGGGCAGGAGACACGCGUCCGGCCGGGCCUCCAGCACCCCCAGGAUGAGCUCGGACGGAGGCAGCAAGCCCCUCAGGGUGGGCUCCCGUGUGGAGGUCAUCGGGAAGGGCCACCGUGGCACCGUGGUCUACAUGGGAGCCACCCUGUUUGCCACGGGCAAGUGGAUUGGGGUCAUCCUGGACGAGGCCAAGGGCAAGAACGACGGGACGGUGCAGGGCAGGAGAUACUUCACCUGCGAGGAGAACCACGGCAUCUUCGUGAGGCAAUCCCAGAUCCAGGUGUUUGAGGAUGGAGCAGACACCACGUCCCCAGAAACCCCAGAUUCUGCUGCCAUGAAGGUCCCUAAGAGAGAUUCCCUGGAUGCCUCCAAGGCCAGCAAACUGAGCACCGCCCGCCGGCCCAAGCCCACCCGGACCCCCACGUCGGCGCCGUCCAGCGGCACGGCCGGGCCCUCGGGAUCGGCCUCGGCGUCCGGCGGGGAGAUGAGCAGCAGCGAGCCYGGCACGCCCGCCCAGACCCCGCUGGUGGCUCCCGUCAUCCCCACGCCCUCCCUGGGCUCCCCGGGGGCACCCCCGGUGCCCUCGCCCACCAAGGAGGAGGARAAUCUCCGUGCCCAGGUCCGGGACCUUGAGGAGAAGCUGGAGACACUGAAAAUCAAGCGGAAUGAGGACAAGGCCAAGCUCAAGGAGCUGGAGAAGUACAAGAUCCAGCUGGAGCAGGUGCAGGAAUGGAAGAGCAAAAUGCAGGAGCAGCAGGCCGACCUGCAGAAACGCCUGAAGGAGGCCAAGAAGGAAGCCAAGGAUGCCCUGGAAGCCAAGGAAAGGUACAUGGAGGAGAUGGCAGACACAGCUGAUGCCAUCGAGAUGGCCACGCUGGACAAGGAGAUGGCYGAGGAGCGGGCAGAGUCCCUGCAGCAGGAGGUGGAUUCCCUCAAGGAGAAGGUGGAAUAUCUCACCAUGGACCUGGAGAUCCUCAAGCACGAGAUYGAGGAGAAAGGCUCUGAUGGAGCAGCAUCCAGCUACCAGGUCAAACAGCUGGAAGAGCAGAACGCCAGGCUCAAGGAGGCUCUUGUCAGGAUGCGGGAUUUGUCUGCCUCCGAGAAGCAGGAGCACGUGAAGCUCCAGAAGCAGAUGGAGAAGAAGAACACGGAGCUGGAAUCGCUGCGGCAGCAGCGGGAGAAGCUGCAGGAGGAGGUGAAGCAGGCGGAGAAGACGGUGGAUGAGCUCAAGGAGCAGGUGGAUGCAGCGUUGGGUGCUGAGGAGAUGGUGGAGACUCUGACAGAGAGAAACCUGGAUCUGGAGGAGAAGGUCCGGGAGCUGCGGGAGACCGUCGGGGACCUGGAAGCCAUGAACGAGAUGAACGACGAGCUGCAGGAGAACGCUCGGGAGACGGAGCUGGAGCUGCGGGAGCAGCUGGACAUGGCCACGGCGCGCGUGCGAGAGGCCGAGAAGCGCGUGGAGGCGGCGCAGGAAACCGUGGCUGACUACCAGCAGACCAUCAAAAAAUACCGGGAGCUCACGGCUCACCUGCAGGUGCGGCCCCUCGGGACUCACUGGUUCCUCCUGGAGCUCACCUGGUGGCCAGGUGACCCGUGGGAAUGUCCCCAGGGGGUGUCCCUGGGCUUUGCUGUGGGAUCUGGGCGAAGCAGGACAUGGCUGGUGGCUGAGAUUUCCCUUUCCCCCCAGGCCGAGCUGAUCAGCAAACAGGCACAGGAGAGGUUUGAGCUGAGCGAGAGCUGCGCGGAGCGCGCGGGGCUGCGCGGGGCCCCGGGGGAGCAGCUCAGCUUCGCCGCCGGCCUCGUGUACUCCCUGAGCCUGCUCCAGGCCACACUCCACAAAUAUGAGCAGGCCCUGAACCGGUGCAGUGUGGACGUGUACAAGAAAGUGGGGACCCUGUACCCCGAGAUGAGUGUCCACGAGCGCUCCCUGGACUUCCUGAUCGAGCUGCUCCACAAGGACCAGCUGGACGAGACCGUCAACGUGGAGCCGCUCACCAAAGCCAUCAAAUACUACCAGCACCUGUACAGCAUCCACCUGGCCGACCAGGCUGAGGACUGCACCCUGCAGCUGGCCGACCACAUCAAGGUGAGUCCCUCUGUGUUCCCACAUCCCUCUGAGGUCCCUCUGUGUCCCCAGGCCGGGCAGGAGGCAGCUGACCUGGCCAUCCUGCUGAAGGACCUGGAGACGUCCUGCAGCGACAUCCGCCAGUUCUGCAAGAAGAUCCGGCGCCGCAUGCCGGGCACGGAUGCACCGGGAAUUCCUGCAGCCCUGGGCUUUGGAGCGCAGGUGUCAGACACGCUGCUGGAGUGCCGCAAGCACCUGACGUGGGUGGUGGCCGUGCUGCAGGAGGUGGCAGCAGCGGGGGCGCAGCUGAUUGCACCGCUGGCAGAGAACGAGGGGCUGCCGGCGCCGCGCCUCGAGGAGCUGGCCUUCAAAGUCAGCGAGCAGAUCUACGGCUCCCAGGGCAUCAAUCCCUACGAGUGCCUGCGCCAGUCCUGCAGCAUCCUCAUGGCCACCAUGAACAAGAUGGCCACGGCCAUGCAGGAGGGCGAGUACGACGCCGACCGCCCGCAGAACAAGCCCACGCCGCCGGCAGAGCUCCGGGCGGCCGCGCUCCGGGCGGAGAUCACAGAUGCCGAGGGGCUGGGGCUGAAGCUGGAGGACAGGGAGACGGUCAUCAAGGAGCUGAAGAAGUCCCUCAAGAUCAAGGGCGAGGAGCUCAGCGAGGCCAACGUGCGGCUCAGCCUCCUGGAAAAGAAGCUGGACAGUGCCUCCAAGGAUGCAGAUGACCGUGUGGAAAAGAUCCAGACCAAGCUGGAUGAGACCCAGACACUGCUCAAAAAGAAGGARAAGGAGUUUGAGGAGACCAUGGAUGCUCUCCAGGCCGACAUCGACCAGCUGGAGUCAGAGAAGGUGGAGCUGAAGCAGCGCCUKAACAACCAGUCCAAGCGGACGAUCGAGGGGCUGCGGGGGGCACCGGCCUCGGGCGUGGCCUCCAUCGUGUCUGGCAUCGCCGGAGGUGCCGGUGCUGGGCAGGUACCAGGAGGUGGCUCCGGGCCCGUCCAGGUGAAGGAUUCACCCCUCCUGCUCCAGCAGAUCGACGCCCUUCAGCUGUCCCUGAAACACCUCAAGAACGAGAACAACUUGCUCAAGGGCGCACAGAUGAAGAUGGAGCUGGCCAGCCUGGCCCCGCUGCAGGUACCACGUGUGGCCGUGGCCCGGGAGCGGCCGGGCGAGGCACUGCCCACGCAGACCCUCUACCGCAAAACCACGCAGCUCCUGGAGACCCUCUACCAGCUCAGCGCCAACGCCAAGGUGGUGGACAUGAGGCAGAGCAAAUCCAGUAGGUCCUACACUAAAUUCUCUGGGAUGUGGUGGGGGUUGUGUCACAGGGAGCUGGGCCAGCUCUGUGCUGUCCCUCUGCCACUCUGCGUUGUCCCUCUGCGAGGUCAAACCACACCAAAACCCUCUGGUAUCAACCUGAGGAGAUCAAAACCCUCAAAACCCACCCAAAUGCAAAUCCUGAGGGACACCAUGAUCCUGAGGAACCCUGUUCCUGAGGGUCUCCCAGUCUUGAUAGACCACAAUUGCCAUGGAAUCCCCUAUCCUGAGGGACCCCCAGUCCUGACAGACCCCAAUCCUGAAGGAUGCCCUGAUCCUGAAAAGCCCCCCAGUUCUGAGGGACCCCAUUCCCGAGGGAUCCAGUGCAUGAGGACCCUCAUUCCGCCCCAACCCAUGAACUACAACAGCCACCCUGGGGGACCCCUUGGGGACACCAUGGUGGGGUGGGGACCCUCCAUCCCCAGGAGGGUGGGGGUGGCCGGGGGUCCCCUUCUGAGUGUCCCACUGUCCCUGCAGGCAAAGCAGGAGCAGGCGCAGGGCCCGGCGCUGUGCGGGCGGGUGACGAUCCCGUGUGCUCCGGGCCACGGCCAAGCCCACCGGGUGCUGCUCACCCCCGACCUGCUCCAGCACCUCCGCCAGCACUUCGUCGCCUGAGCCGCCCCCGAGGGACCCCUGUCCCCGCUGUUCCCCACCUUGGGACUCUCCGCUUCCCCCCAUCCYGGCCCCACUCGCGGGUGGGAGCCGGAGCCGCUUCCCCCGGGGGGAUCCGGGCCCCCCGCGCUGCUCUCGGACACUACAGACACCCCCGGGACCCCCGUGGGGCCGGGGCUGCGGCCCCCCCGUGCUCCUGCCAUCCAAUAAAACUUCCCUGGACCUGCUUCCUGCGCCUGGAACUGGGUACA